AUGGUUUCAUUUAGAGAUAUUUUACCACCUCAACCACAUUAUCUCUCUGGUUAUUCCGGUUUUGUACCAGGUUAUAAAUUCCAACACGGUCGCAGUUUUGGUAGCCUUACACACGACUUAUUUUUGAAUCCUAGUGUAAAGCGAUCAUCUAUGUCCGUUUUAACAGAUCUAAAAACAGAACAUAAUUCACGACCAAAUAUAUACGAACUAGCUACAAUAGCUAAUCGUUGCGAUUACAGGGAAUGUAAAUAUAAUGUAGACCUUAAGCCCGGUUAUGACGGACACGUUCCAAACAAAAAAGAAUUUUUUGGAAAAGGGUACUCAGUAGAAUCAGCAAUGGGAUUAUCAAUGUUCGAGAAAACAAAACGGCAUUGUUCAUGUUUGGAAUGUAAAGAAAGAAAAAUUCAACCAAUAGAAACAAAAGAAUCGUUUGAAAAUAUUAACAAUUACAGCUUUCCAUUAACAAAGGUACCAGGUGGCGAAAAAAAAUUUAUAGAAGAGAACAGACAGCAUUUGCCAAUGCCACCUAGUGGAUCGCCAUACUUCAUUGAUAACGCUAGUGUGCAUAAAACAUUUAUGUCUGGAUAUAGCGGCCACGUGCCUCGUCUUCCAAUUUAUCAUGGCCUUAGUUAUUCGAUAGCCGUUAAAAAAGCCUUGUGUGAAUUCACAACUCGGUACAACCGACUGAUGAGGGAAAAGGUUCAUAAAAAUAACCUAGCAGUAUUUAACGCUGAACCUGAUAAAAAUACAUCAAUUAUAGUUGACGAUCCAAACAAAGAUAUGACAAGGAUUCCAUUUCGAAUGAUACCAUAUGAGCAAGGUAUAAUAAAAAAUUACGCUGGUCAUAUACCUGGAUACAAGUACAAUGUAGGAAACACUUUUGCAGACGGCUCGAAAAAAGCUAGAAAUGUACUCAAAUCUGAUACUUAGUCAAGAAUGUAACAAAAAAAAAUUUUCCCUAUUAAAAAAUUCUAAAAUCAAAAUAUUUUCUUGCUGUGUUAUUUCAAUAAAAUAGAUUUUAGCAUGUAAACAUUUUAUUUUACUUGUUUUUUAAAUGUUUUGUGUGUGUCUAAUAAUUGAACACAUCAUAUU